GGACAUGUCUAAUAUGGGAUGUCUGAGACUCUGACGCACAUGCAAGGAUGCACCUCAGGCAGCAUGUUACUCAAGUAGAUGUUGACAUGGCAAUAUGUGUCCUGCUUGAUUCGUUCAUUUCAACACAGAAAUUUGGGGUCCAAAAAGCCAUGCAAAAGAGCUUCAAGAAGUAUUUGACUUUCAAGAAGGAUUUCAAUGAGUUGAUCCUCCACCUACUAAGAGGUCUCGUGAAGGAUCCACUGCACUUUGAAGAAAUCAUAUCUGACUCUACUUUAAAUCUUUCCCAUAUUGAUGUUAAGUUGGAGGAACUCCAGAGCAAGGCACUGGAUUAUGAAAUCACCGACUUGAAACCAUUCUUCUCCAGCACUUUGUUCUCGAGAGGCAACUUUGAGUUGGAUAAAGAGCCAUUCUUCUCCAGCCCUUUGUUCUCGAGAGGCAACUUUGAGUUGGAUGAAGAAAGAGGAUUAAUACGACAUCACCUUUCCAGAUGAUGUUAAAGUAUCAAGAUUCAAGAACAAUGAUUGUGUAUGCAUCAUAAUGGGAUGUUAAUGGUGUUGGAGUCUCGUAUUGGACUUGGAAUGUUCAAAUAGCAAUGCAGAUUGAUGAAAACAAGAGGCUGGUCAUCAGCAAUGAGCAAACAUCUUAUCGAACAACUAAUUUUUUCGGGAUUGAUGAAAUCAUCUUGUAUAUUUUAUUA